AUGUGCUUAGCAGCAGUAGUACUAGCCACUCUUUUGGCAAUAACAAUGGCAUCCGAAAAGGAGAAGGUAAACCUGCCUGAAAGACAAUUGAAGCUAUCUCUGUAUCAAGAUGCUUGGAAAUCAGUUAAAAACCCCGCCAAGCGUUACCUCAAAUACAGAAGCUAUGUCAAAGACGAGAUGUUUGGAGGGUCAUCGAAAUGCAUGUUUAUACAGCAGACGCAACAUGAAAAUUUCAACAAGACAGCAAAAACGGAAAUGGGUUUUUACAACAGCACAAGGAGCUGUGUAGUGAAGUACACUGUGUGUACCCAUGUUGAAACAACAGAGCCAUACUGCAUACCAAAUGUUAUUCGUGCUGCAAGAUGUACGAACUCGUCGCUCUACGCGGACUCACCAAUUAUAUUCUCUGACUAUAAGAGUUGCGACGUUGUUCGAGCACCCCACACAGGAAACCCUCUUGAUUGUGAGCUUUGGGUGGCAGAGGCUAACAUCAACGAUGUGCCUUCAAUUUGCGAAUUCGCAUAUGAUGUUUUCUGCAACACAACUGAGAAGUACAUCAUUUCUGAUCAGAGCUGCACCAAUCCUACAAAACAAAACGUCUGUCAAAUACCUGCUCAACAAACCGAAUAA